UCCGGCAUGCUCAUGAGCAUCUAGGCGUUGACGUUCAUACGCUCAAGCACUCGUGCUCAGGCCCAAAUGACCUGCUGUGAUUGUUGUCCGACUGAUCCUUUCGUCUGGCCUCUUUCUGUUGUCCAGACAAGUUUCCGUCAUUGCCUUUGCAAGAUUGGCCAUACGUUCAGUGCGUACUCAAUCAGACUCUACGAGGACAACCAGUGCACCCUUCCACCUGUGCGAACUCACACAUACACUUCAUCUAUCUCAUCAUCUAUUCCGGUUCGUGCUCUACGCCCAUUUUGUACUCCCCUGGAGCAUCUCGACCUAUUCCCCGUUCGCUGUCAAGAACCGUUUCCUCUCUCCACUCGAUGUUCUCUUUUCCCAAGCCCUUGCCUCGCUCUUGCCCCAAGUUGAUCCUCUCCAGGCAGAUUUUGCUCGGCUGCUUAACAACGACCAUUUCAAAAUGCUGGGCUGCUCCUGUGCAUGUUGUGUUUCCCUGCUAUCGAGUCCAGUUCAUCAAAUAAAGGAAGGGGCCCAUGGAGAUGUGGCCGGGAACAGUGUUCCCCCGCGUUCCUGCUCCUUUCGUGCUCAGAGGCCGCUUUUUGUUUUCGCGCAUAGACUUGGAGUGGCUUAUUUCCA